AUGGUACCCCGCAGGUAUUUGCUCAGUCAUAACACGAGCAUGGUACUCCGCAUAUAUUUACUCAGUCAUAUCACGAGCAUGGUACUCCGCAUAUAUUUACUCAGUCAUAACACGAGCAUGGUACCCCGCAGAUAUUUGCUCAGUCAUAGCACGAGCAUGGUACCCCUCAGAUAUUUAUUCAGUCCGAACACGAGCAUGGUUCCCCGCAGAUAUGUGCUCAGUCAUAACACGAGCAUGGUAACCCGCAGAUAUUUGCUCAGUCAUAGCACGAGCAUGGUACCCCUCAGAUAUUUAUUCAGUCCGAACACGAGCAUGGUACCCCGCAGAUAUGUGCUCAGUCAUAAAACGAGCAUAGUACCCCGCAGAUAUUUACUCAGUCAUAACACAAUCAUGGUACCCCGCAGGUAUUUGCUCAGUCAUAACACGAGCAUGGUACUCCGCAUAUAUUUACUCAGUCAUAACACGAGCAUGGUACCCCGCAGGUAUUUGCUCAGUCAUAACACGGGCAUGGUACCCCGCAGGUAUUUGCUCAGUCAUAACACGAGCAUGGUACCCCGCAGUCGACCGCCUUUAUCUAUCUAUCUAUCUAUCUAUCACGACCUGUUAAAAUUUAUCUAUCUAUAUCAAUCUAUAUCUAUCUCUCUUAAUAUAUUCCUGUCUAUCUUAGUGUAUUUAUAUCGACCUGUUUUAUCUAAAUUUAUCUAUCUAUAUCUAUCAAUCUAUCUAUCUAUCUAUCUAUCUAUAUAUUCUAUCUUCUGUUUAUAUCUAUCUAUCUAUCUACAAUUUGUUAAAAUAAUCAAUCUCAAUCUAUUAUCUAUCUAUCUAUCUAUCUAUCUGUUAUCUAUCUAUCUAUCUAUCUAUCUAUCUCAUCUGUUAAUAUCUAUCUAUCUAUCUAUCUAUCUAUCUAUCUAUCUAUCUAUCUAUAUCUGUUCAUUAUCUAUCUAUCUAUCUAUCUAUCUAUCUAUCUAUCUAUUUAUGUCCUCUAUCUCUCUUAAUAUAUUCAUAUCUAUCUAUCUAUCUGUCUAUCUAUCUAUCUAUUUGGCCGUCUAUCCACGUCCGUUCAUGUCUGUCUGUCUAUAA